AUGGCCGUCCAGCAGCAGCCGACCCAGGUGGUGACGGUGAUGACCUCCGACCAAAGCCCUGGCACGUGGAGCACUGGCCUCUGUGACUUCGGCAGUGACAUGGGCACCUGUUGCUGCGGACUUUGGUGCUUCCCUUGCAUGCAGUGCCAGACGGCCAAGGGCUUCGGCAAGUGCUGCUGCAUGCCCCUGCUGGACGUCUGCUGCGUGGUGUCCUCCUCUCUCCGCUCCUCCAUCAGAGAGCGCCACAACAUCCCCGGCUCCUUCUGUGACGACUGGUGCAAGUUGCUCUGGUGCUACACGUGUGUCUGGUGCCAGAUGAACCGUGAGCUGAAGAUCAGGCGCAAAGCGGGGCAGACCUACACCUCGGUCAGCACUCAUGGAUAGGACGCCGCGGCGGGGGGCGUGACACGUGAUUCACGUGUAGCCCAUCAAAUUAUUUUUUUCGCAACACGCCCAUGGAAAACUUGUAAAAGUCAUGGAAUAAAAUAAAAGUUUUAGAAAAGUCAUGAAAAUGUGUUACAUUCAUUUGUUCAUGUCGUUCAUUUAAGAUGAGUUUGAAAUAAUGAAUAUGCUUUUAAAAUGUAUUUAUAAUGACUUUUAUCCCUCGCUCAUGGUGGGGCCACGCCCCAUUGCCCUCUAUGGACCAGCCGCAAAUGGGAUAAAGGAUGAAAAGUUGAGUGACAGAGUAUCUUUAAAGCACACAAAAAAAGCAAACAAAAAAAACGUAAUACGUUACGUGAAUUUCCAAAGUCUGCUACGAAUGUGUACCAUUUAUUUGUUUCAAUGCUAAAUGGAAUUAGGCAUUACAUGUCAUUUAGCUGACGCUUUUACCCAAAGCGACUUACAAUAAGUGCAUUUCAACCAAGGAUAGAAAAUCAGAAGAACAAGAAAGUGCAAUUUUAUCAAAUAAGCCGAUUUACAACUUUACAACAACUAUAAGAGCCAUUACAAGUACAAUUUAAGUGCUACAAUUUGUUAGUCUUUUUAGUCAAGGUGUGUCUUGACAAAAAAUAUUUUUUGGUUUCAUAAUGUGAAGAAAGAAAGCCGGACUCUUGCAAACAAAUGUACGCCCACAGAUGAAUAAAAAACAGACAAAAGUAAAACCUAAAAAUAAUAAUGUUUAAAUUUGCUUUUUCAAUGGAUGCCACAAUGACUUAAGAACUUUUAAAUUUAAAAUGGAUCCAAACACAAAAUAUAAUUUGUAACACGCCUCCAAAAAGCGAUUAGAUCUCACCUUAAUGAAGUCGAAUACGAUUUGUUGUUCGUGCAUGAACGAAACAAAACGAUUCACACGCAAGAGAUGUGACUCUGACACCAGAAACUGCCCCACAGGGAACAAGUGGCUGUGGGGGUGUCACAUUCGUCACGCCAGUCCAGUGAGACUAUGACAACGAAGCUGCGCUUA